UAAACAUGCGGAAUGGUCAGUGACAAGAGAAAUUUGUUAUCGGUGAUAGCGACCUACAUAGGACAGGGGACACUAUUUAUGUACCUGUAAUCCUCUGAGGCAGGCCCCGCGCGAGAGCUGUUCCGCAGGUGGGCGGUCCGUCUCCUCUCCUGCAUCGCUGGAUAAUUUUUGUUUGUGUAUCAUUUAAAGGAACUGUACUUCUACUCUGCUGUUAGAUCUAUAUACUGACAUUUAAGAACUUUGGAGUACGGAUUUUUCUCGGAGGACUUAAUAUAUGUUCAUAUUUUCUUCGCUGGAUCCCCAGCGUGUUCAAUAUGUUAAAAUCAGCUUUUGAAUUCGAAAUUUGAUUGAUUUCGGAAUGGACAUUAACAGGAUUUUGUUAUGCAUUGUGGCAUUGCUACAAACCGGGUUAGUGACGUCAUAUUACCACCUCUACCGCAGUAAGAACUGGAGAAACAAAAGCUGUGAUCACAUCCUUAGCAGAAUCGGGCACCUAUCAAUCCAAGCUCCUCAACCUCCCAACAUCGCGGGCGAAUGGACAUCACAUAGAUGCGAAGUUCGGCCGGGACCAGAAUUCAUUUUGCGUCGAUAUCAUUUUCGAAGACACCAUUUUACACUACAUCAGUAUUACUACAAAGACCCCGGAUGUAAAUAUCCAGCGUAUGGCGUGGUCGCUGAAGGACAUUAUAAACAUCAGCGACCGUCUUGGAUCGUCCAGGGUGGGACUGAAACCGCUUACACAGUUCGCAAUGUGUCUGUAAUACCAUAUGCAGAAAAUAUAGCGAAGAAAUUCACAAAAAUAUCUAAACUUUGUUCUGAAAAAGCCAACACCAAUUUCACUAUGUUCAGAAAAACAAAAAUUCUAAAUUUCCCGCCUUCUGCGAGAAAUUCCCAUGUUGCAUCACGGGACUACGACUGCAGCUCUGUGUUCAACCUAACAUUCCAUGAAUUACAGUUGAUUCGCUUAGAGAUACAACAUCACCACAUUUAUAGUUCUACCAAGUACUUCAGAGUGGUCAAAGCCAAGAGAGCGCGCACAGAGAAACAACUCCUUCUCGGGGACAUCCAUACCGACAUCAAACAGCGGGCAUCAUACAGACCAAUGGCGUAUCAGACAGUGCUCAAACUUGCUCAAACAAGAAAAUGUCAUAUCUGCAGUCUGAUUGCAAAUUCACAUGACUUUCUACCUCCACAACUAAAGACUGACCAUACUAGUGUGCUUGACCUACCUGGAGAGUGGGUCAGUACAAAAUGUGAGACUCGACAAUAUGGACAAUUUCUAACGAGACAUUUAACCUUUUACCCAGAUGAAAGUUCUUGGAAAGGGCGAUAUGAUUUCUAUACCGACCCCUCGUGUCUUCAUCCAUCGUUUUCUUUAACGGUCAAAGGAACAUUUACAAUUAAAACGGAUUCCAAGACAAUUAUUGGGGCUAAAAAUUGUAACUUUCGAAGUCAUAAUCUUAAAGUGAAACCCAUAUCCCAAACAAUUACACAGAAUUUGAAUAUUUUUGGCGGGCAAGGUUGCGGGAGGCCUCGUUCUUGGGAGAGUGGUGUAGAACAGGAUGUGACGUCAUCAGGGGGUUGUGGAAGUCUUGGAGUUGUAUUACCGACCGUUGAGCACGAAGUUUUAAAAAUUGAAAGAAUUCACAAUAAAAAGUAUUUAUUUAUAGGACAGAGACCUACAGAGAAAGGGGUGCGCCCUGUGAACGAGUGGCCUACGUCCUUUCAAGAACCUUUAAUUCAAUGCUCGGACACCACUGACACUGCCAGGAACACGAGACGCAAAGUGAAUAAUAACUUACCCUUAUUCCAAAGAUAUCAGUCGCUGCAAAGUUCCUUGGCGAACAGCAUUUACGAUUGUUUUGCACAUCAUUUGUUUUUGGUAACAGUCAGCUCCUUCAUCAUCAGCAAAUUAUGAUUGAAGAUAUUCAUUGAUCAAAUGUUUAAUAUCAAAGUCAAGGUCACCGACCAAAUCGUGUUAAUGAGGAACAAAUCGUUUAACAAUGAAAAUCAGAACUCAUAAUCAGGACAGUUCAGAAUGAUUAGAUUGUUAUUGCGCGCCAAUACCAAAGGUUGAUUGACUUCACUUGAGCUUAUUACUGCGCACCACCCACCAUCCAUCGUCUGCACGUUAACGUCUGCUGAAAUUUUAUCAGCAGACGAUGAAAUUAAACAUCGCAGACAAAAUACGACGCAAACGUACGUUCUGUAAAAUUGUCUCAUGUGUUCCAUCAACAUUAAAUUCCUGGCAGUUUUGUCUGACUCUUGUUUUGACCUUUGUUGAGAAUUUAUUACCUUGCCCUUGUGAGCAGCUUGUCGUUGUCUGUCUGUCUGUGCGUAUUGGAAUGGUUUCUUGGUUCAGCGUCUUCCCUUUCUCUACGGGUAAUAAAUCUAGGGCAAUUCUUAAAAGACUUGUUUUCAUUGUAUUUUUUCAAUGAAUUAAAUGAAUGAAGAUUU